AUCAGAUUCCGCCUUUUGGUUGUUGAAAUGCCUUUGGGACUUCAAAUUACUCUUAAUUAGUCUGUUUUUUCCUCCUGCGCAGAGCGCUCAGUUAAGCAGACAGUUCCCAUCAUCUUUACCACAAGCAGCACGAAACGAUUAUGUACGAUGGAAAUCAAAGUGUCUGUGGAUGGCGUGCCACGUUUGGUUUGUGGGGUCACAGAUGAGACAACAUGCCAAGAGGUGGUGACAGUGUUGGCUCAAGCUUUGGGCCAGCCUGGGCGCUACAUGUUGCGCGAGACCUUCAAAGACUUCGAGAGGUGCAUGGCACCGGAUGAGCGGCCUCUGGAGAUGCUAAAGAAGUACGGGGAACACUCGAAGGAGGUCCAGCUCACUUUGCUCCACAGCGGUCCUUCAGUUUACGACGAAAUGAGCAGGGCCAAAGUGGGCCGACACCAGCCUUGUCCACCGCUGCGGAGAAAAGAAACCGGUGCUAGAAAUUGGCGUCGGAGCGGAUCGCUGAAUCUGCAUCGGCAGAGCUUUCCGCUGUCCUGCCUGAGGCAGGACACAGACCAGAACCACGAGCUUUUGAAAAGACCCAAAAGAAAGUCCCUGACUCUCAUGGAGGAGGCCUGGGAAUGGCUAGAGAGUCUGGGAAAAACACAGGUUUAUAGUACGUCAUGCGAUAAGGACAGCAGCAAGAAGACGACUGAAAAAAAGAAAACUUUUCUGAGUGUCACACUUUCCACAAUGAGAAAGAGUCCACAUGAGAAGAACCAAGUCCGAGGUCACAGAAACUCAAAGUCCGACUUGGAUCAGACAUCUUGUUGCAUGGGAACCCAACAGAAGGUGAAAGAAAAUAAAAACUCCAAGAAAGCUCAUGUGGGGAAACUCGAUAGCUUCUCCGAUUUGAACAGUGACAACGAGAAUAAUCGCCUGAGAGAAACGAUCAUCUGGCAGCUCAGCAUACUUCAAAAGCUCCAGGUCCAGAUCGGCGAUGUGGACCAUGAGAUUUUAGAGCUGGAGAAAACCGAGCGGACCAGGGAAGAGCAAAAAGUGAUUGAAGAAGAGACGGAGCAGAUCAAGUUCUGGGAGAAUGAAUUAAAAGCAGAAGAAGACUUUGAGAGAGAUUUGCAAAAUCAGUUCCAUGGCCUGAAAGCAAAGAUUGUGGACUGCAAGGCCAAACUGGAGGACUACAAAACAGAAAUGCAAAAACUGGACUUCUGUGGAGCUCAAAAGGUUGACUCCAAAGAGGGCCGACACGCCGCAGACGGCAAUCCGAGCAAGGUCUCAAAUGGGCAUCUACUUGAGACGGAACGCCAAGUAAACAGCGACAGGAAGUGGCCGCCCAGAAAUAUCAACCCUUCUCCUGCUUUAUUUCCUCCCAAUCAGAUAAAGGAGCGCCGGCUCACUGGGCCAGCUGAGCUCAGGGAGUGGUGGGCAUGCUGGUCUGCAGGCCAAAAGUCAAACUCUAACAAAAAGGUGACUGCGAUACACCGCUCGGAGCUCACGAUUUAUUUGGGCGGUACAAAAGAUUAAGGAAGAAGUCUGAGAUUACGUUUUUUGGAAUGGGCACCUCAAAGUUAUAACUACAACCAUAUUGCGACUGCUAUGGGUGCUUGGACUCAUGGCCCUUUUCACUUAAUUCCCACCAAAAUGUUAUUAUUUUAGCAUGUGCUUGUUUUUCAAAUCCGUAGGCACCUCAUGCGCAGAUUUCUUUUCAAUUUUUUAAAAUAGAUUCAUUUUUCCUGCCUGUGAUUUUUUCCGCAAUUUCACUUUACUUGGCGUGGGAAAUUGAAUGUUCAUCACCAGUUUCGAAUACUUUUUUUUGGGCUUGUAUAAAAAGGGGGGAGAAAAAAACAGAAUUUAAAUUCAAUACAUUUUUAAAUAUCAAUACAAGUAUGCAUCAUUUAUUAAAUUGAAAUGAAUAGUAUUUGAUAAAGUUGGACUGAGAUAUGCCCGGAGGAGGAAACGAACCAGUGCCUGAUCUGUGCCAACCAUUGCAACACCAAAGUCUUGUUAAAGUUGGUAAGAUGUGAAGCAGAAACAAUGUGUUGCCGUCACAUUGAAUGCUUGCUGCAGAAUGGAUCGUUAAAAGUAUAUAAAUGAAUUUCAUUUAAUCAAACUAGUAAAACUCAUGGAACUUAUGGAUAUGAAUAAAGUACGGUUAGAGACUACUACAAAGCACUUGGUCAAUGAGGAAAAAUAAAGAAUCAGAAUAACAUAGGUGUGAAUGUGGAAUGUUUUUUUUUUUUUUUUUAAAUUGUUGAGCCCAAGCAGAUGCUGUGCAAUUACAUUGAUGGGGGGGGGGGGGAGGAAAGAACCCACACAACUUGAUUUUCAUAAAACUUUAAUUUGCUUAUUCGUUCAAGACCAUUGACAAAGGUACAUAGGGACCUCUGAACGUGGUUCAACUGAAAGCCAGUGAUCUUUGCAGACUGACUGAUCCUGUUUCGAUUUUUCUUUUUUUUUUUUUUAAUUUAGUUUCUAACUCCUUACUUUUUCCCCAAUAAAUCUGUUCUCAUAUAUGAAGUCUGACGUUAACUAAAGGGGGGGAAAAAAAGAGCACACAUUACAUACAGUAUUGUUUAACCAACAGGUUCGGGAUGCAUAUCGUUAUCUUUACUUAACAAGAAAGCCAUUCAAAGAUUGUUCUUUAUAUUGGUGGGUGGCUCGCUGGGAAAUAAACAAGCUUUUUAAAGCUCCACCACCCCCUUCUUUCAUUUUGCUUGUAGUUAUUUUUAGGCACCUUGUUUUUCAAAGUAGACAGAGUUUCAAGAGGGAAAAAAAACAACAUGUGCAAAACAAAACCCAACCUAAAAAAUAAAAAAAAAAUUGCCGAUAUAAGUUGCCCCAAGGAAUUCUGCACCUGGGAGAAAUUGCUUUAGUGGAGCUAGUGAAUACCAAAAAAGUAUUUAAAGGCUCCAGAUUGGUAAAACUAAACAAUCCCACCCACACAG